AGAGAAUAAAUAAUGUUUUUUAACCACUGUCUUUAAAUUAACCCCCUGAACAUGCCCAUUGCUGUGACAUCACUCCUAAGUGACGCCCAGGCCUAAAUACGGCUGUAAACAGGAAUCGUUCCCAUGGGAGUCACACUGGCUAUAAAUACAGCACCAGGGGAGUGCUGAGCAGCCUGCAGCUUCCUGCCAGCUGAGGAUGUGCCUGGCCCCAUAGCCCUGCCCCAGGAGGAGAUGGCCAUGGAAAAGCCAGUGAUUCCCACUGAGGAGCAGCUGGAGAUCCUGGAAUACCACUUCUGCAAGGUGAAUAAGCAUCCUGACCCCACCACACUGUGCCUCAUCGCUGCUGAGACCGGGCUGUCCGAGGAGCAGACUCUGGGACAAGCUGCCACUGUCUGCGAAUUCCACCAUGCCCUGUGCUCCAACUGGCUACCUGCAGGCUACCGUGGGCUUCAGAAGCAAAAGGCUUCGUCCCAGUUCCUUCAGGUGGCAGUGCAGCUCAUUGUGAUGCAGAAAUGGUUCAAGCAGCGCCUGGCGGAGUGGAGGAAGUCUGAAGGGCUGCCCUCAGAAAGCGGGUCUGUCAGGGACUAGAGGAUGCUGCUCCAAUCCCCUUGCCUCUUAUAAAGGAUGGUGAAGCUCUUCAGAGUGGGUUUCCUUGGGGUUCUUCUGUUGCAAUAGGUUUUGUGAUACUAAGUAAUACUCUGCUAUUUAACAGAAAUCUUAUUUAACAUGUACAUAACCAGAAAAAAAAAAAACAUUUUAUAUAUAUAUAUACACACACACACAUACACAUGUGUGUAUACAACUUUUAAUGGCUGAUAACCUAUUCAGUGAUUCCAACCCAUUAACAGCUGCUGCACAAGAAAAGGUAAUUUCAUGCCCUUGUCCCAGGCUUGCAGAAAUUUUGCCAUGAUAUAUGUUCCAAUAUAGAAGGAAGAAAUAAAGAUUCCUUUUCUUUAAAAUCCCCAGAGGCAGAGUAUGUGUGCUAGCUUUAAGGUGCAGAUCAUCCAGAGAGUAGGGCAUCUGGAAAACCAGGUGUGUUGUUCAGGUGACCUGGUUUGGCUCAACAUGCCUGAAUCAGCUCUGAAUACUGGCAAACCAAGUGCCUACACCAUAAUCAGACCAAGCCAAGCACCCUUGAAUGCCUUUUUUACCUUUCAGUUAAAGGUCACCAAAGAGAAAGAACUCAUGUUUUUUUUUUCCCAGUGCAGUAAUAAAAUCCCAACAUUUUUUGAUGAGAGGAGCUGUGUUAUGUCCCUGCUUGUGCUCCCUGCCCCCAUGAGAGGAGGCAGACUCCUUCCUUUGGAUGGGCAAUAUUUCCCCCAGGCAGCCUCAGUGGACACAGUGGUUUUUCCCUUUGCCACAGGGACAGCCAUGAGAAGCCUUGUCUCCUAGGGCACCCAUGGGUCCAUGCAUGGCAGCCCACACAACCCCACACCCCCUAAUCCCCAGGGCAGCAGAGGCUGGUGGUGCUGGGGUUCCCCCACAGCAUGGGGGUUCUAGGGGGAGACCCCAGUCUCCUCCUGGCCAUUCUCAAGCCUGAGGGAUGCAGUUGCACUGGGGCUCUUGCAUGAAGUCCAAACUCUCGUCCAUCCUGGCACAGGACAAUGCCUGGUCUAAAAAUAACCAGCACCAUUUCCCAGUGACCUUACCUUGUUCAAAGGGCUUCAAAACUCCUCUGCUUAGUGGAUUACUGAAUCAAUUAAUGGAUCUUCUCAUUAAUCCCCUUCUGGUUUGUGGUCACCUGCCUCUACUCCUUUGGAAGGAAAAUCAGCUUAACAAGGGCAAGAUUAAAAUACAUUGGCUCUGAAACUGC